AUGGCCAAAAGGUGGCAACAGCCCAAAUGUCCACCCGAGGAGGAGUGGGUCUUGGUAGCCCCCAUGAGGGAUGUCUGCUUUGUGACCAAAGGGAGCGCCCGCGGAGCGGCCCGAGCGCGACCACCUCCAGAGCGGCGGCCGAGGCGGCUGAGGCGGCGGGGCGCGGGCGAGACCGGCGGGACGAGGCGCCGAGGUCCGGGGUUCGGGGUCUGCGGCCGGGAUCGGGGUCCGGAGCUCGGGGACAGGGGUCGGAGGGGCCGGGGUCUGGGCGCGGGGGCUCUGGGAUCCUGGCUCCAGGGCUGGGGUCCCGGUUCCAGGUCCGGGGCCCGGCGUCCCGAAUCGGGGCGGGUGUUGGGUCCGCGGCGCGGGGCCCGGGUCCCAGGUCGGGGUCCGCGGUGCGCGUCCGGCCCGACUUGCCUGCGUGGGGACCGUGUGCGGGGCCGGGGUCUCGGGCCCGCGGGCCGGCGGCGAGAACAAAGGGAGCGGCGGGCGGAGGAGCUCGUCCUUCGCCCCUGGGCGCUGAGUCCCGACACCCUUUUUCUGGGGCCUCGGAAGUUGGCGCCGGCGGCGGCCCGCGGAGAAGGGGGGCCGCGGAAGGAGGAAGCUGAGGCGCGGCCGGGCGCCGCAGAGGCCGCCAGACACAAAGGGCUGAGCCCGGACGGCCGAGCGCGGCGGGCCCCGGGGCUGGCGUUCCGAGCGCCAAGUGGGAGGCAGCCCCGCCGCGAGCCCGCCGUCGUGGGCCCCUCGCCGGGCGCGGCGCGGGCGGGGCGGGCCGGGGGCCGGGGGUGCGGGCGGCGGGGCGGGCCGGGGUCCCCGCGCCCCCCGCCCCCGCGCCGAAUGAAUGGCUCGGGCCGGGCGCCGCUACAAGAUGGCGCGUCGCCGCCGCUGCCAUUGUCAGCCGGCGCGCUCCCGGCCGCCUGCGCCCCGGUGGUGUUGGGGGCCCACUUGCGUUAUGUGGCGGGCGGGGGGCGCAGGCGACCCCGCGAGCCCUGCGCUCGCGGCGGGUGGGGGAGGGGCGCUGAGCCGAAGAUCCCGCCCGGGGGGUGGCCGAGCCCUCGGACUUUCGAAGCCCCCCCGCCCCGGUAUUUUUCCUUGCGGAUCGUUUGCGCUUCCGAAGGUAUUGAUACCGCCUCCAGCGCCCCGGAUUGCACCGCUGCGCGCGGAAGUGGUAGUGUCCACCGGCUCCGCCCGCUGCACGGAGGCUUCUGGCCGGGACCGUGAGCCGAGCCGAGGCCCGCGGCCCCGUGUGACGGUCUGUCGGGGCGGGAGGCUGCGGGACGCGGCAGUUCCGGGAACCCAGCUAGCAUGUCGGUGCCGCAGGCCUGUGCAGACCCCUGCGCCUGCUGUGCCCGCGGCGGUCUCUGUUGUGUGACUUCUGCGCGUCCGAGCGCUCCGCUCUCGCGGGACGGCCCGGCCCGGCCGCUGCUCCGGAGACCGGACGGGCCCGAGCUUGGCUUCGGGGUGAGCAGACAAACGGAAGCCCCGCUUUGUGGGAGUCCCUUUCCACUCUAGAUCGGGUAGGAUGCCCCGAGAGUUCCGAUGAGUGUAACCCACAGAAGGAAAAGCCCCUGAUCCUCCGUGAUUAUGUGUGGAGGGAGACGAAGAACGCGCCAUCUGAGCAGCAGUGAUGUGGAGAGCAGUGCCGUGCUCGGACCAGCUGGGUCACAUCUAGGGAACUGGCCCAGGGUGCCUCCAGGGACCAGAGCGGUCCUCACCUGGAGACAGGCAGUCUGUCCUGAUGUGUCCAUCUCCCCUCCUCCCCCUGCUGUUGGAGGAUUAUAGGUGUAAGAUUGAGCCUUUUCCUGGGGGGAAUCCAGAGAUCUCUCUAAGGGUGGAAAACCCCAGGGGCUCCUGGGUGGCUCAGUCAUUAAGCUUCUGCCUUCUGCUCAGGUCAUGAUCCCGGGGUCCUGGGAUGGAGCCCCACAUUGGGCUCUCUGCUCAG